CAGCAACAGAACGGCCAUGCUGCUCCCACGGAUAUUUGCGCCCGUCCGCGCAUCGUUAGCGACAUCUACGGCCUUCACCGCACCCUCUACCCGUGUCCUCGAUGCCCUCCGCGUAGCCAAUGGCUCUGCCGCACCCACCCCAGUCCUCUCAUUUGUACGACACUCCGCACAUCAAGCCCAAGGCAGAGCCAACGGCGCAAAAGAUGGACCAGGAAAACGACUAGGCGCAAAGAAGAGCGGAGGCGAAUACGUGAUCCCAGGCAACAUCAUCUUCCGCCAACGCGGCACCUCAUGGUUCCCCGGUGAAAAUUGCAAAUUUGGCCGCGACCACUGCAUCUUCGCCACCGAAUCCGGCUACGUACGGUACUACCGUGACCCCAGACUACAUCCCAAACGCCAAUAUAUCGGUGUUGCGCUCGAGAAAGAUCAUACGCUGCCGUACCCGGCCAACGCUGCGAGGAGAAGGCGGCUAAACUUCACGCCCGUACCUGUAUCCUCGGCACCUGAAGUGGCUGCAGCGGCGAAAAGCGAGGUACCGAGGGAAGCAGGCAAGAAAGAGCUGAGUCUGAGGGCUGGAAAGGGAUAUGCGUACCGUGAGGCUAAUUGGGUGAUUGGGCGUGCGGCGGAGAGGGCGGGGGUACAGGUUAAGGAGUUUGUACCGGGCGAUAGGUGGACGGCGUGGAGGAAGAGGAGUUUGAGGAUUAAGGCGAAUGUGGAGAGGAAGAGGUUGAGGAGUGCGGGCAAGAAGGUUGCCAAGCCUAAGGCGAGGAAGGCGAGGGCUUAGAUGAUACAUAGUUGUUGUAAAGGGGGUUGUAGGAAUAGAAAUGUAUGUUUAUGGCAAAGUUCAUAUUCUGUCCUUGUUCUUAUCCAUGAAGCAUAGUUGUAAAUGCACGAAUAUUCAUCUUUACAAUAUACAAAUCAGACAUC